CGUAACGCUCCGAAAGAGUUCACCUUGAAUAGCAAACUGCAACUGGGAGUGAAAACACCACAUUCAGUCGUCAUCAUGAAAGCCGUGCUGUUGUUUCUCGUCGUGAUGUUCCUGACACUCGUGUCCGGACAAACGACAAACGGCUGCGUUCGCGACGACUCUGAUGGGCAGCCGCUCUGCAAUGCAGCGGAAGUGCCACUGCGUUACUGGCGCAACAACUGGGACCCGACCGCGUACUGGGAGUGCACAACCACCGGAACUGCUGCCACCUACCGUCGCUGCCCGACCGAGGGCAUGUUCGACUCCGCCGUGCGAACGUGCAUCAACUGGUUCGAAUGGGAGUGGACUCCGACCUGUAAGCCGCCGAGCCGCGUUUAAGAGCCGGAACGCGUAGACGGAGCCAGUUUAGCCUGUGAAAGAGCCAAUGUUGCCGCGGAUGAUGCUCAUACCCGACCGAACCGGGCGCCUCCACCGGGUCGCCCAAUACACGAACAAUCGACAAUAAAGGCUUUAGAGCUUUAGAGU